GCAGCAUGCCAUAACACCGGUCGGUCAGUCGCUGCGGCAUCUCGUGUAUGGUUGAAUUUGUAAUGGACAAUGGCUGAACAUCCUGUGAGUGAUUCGGAUUCUACCUACACAAAUGACACUAUUUCAGAAAGGCUACUAGACAUUUCUUCGCGCGAUGCACUAGCUGAUGGAAUUCUCGGUCUACUAAAACCCCUUGUUGAGGAAGUCGAUGAAAGAGUGCGCGACACAAGGCAGAGCCAAGCAGAACUUAGAGUACAGAUUGCAACCUUGGCAGAAGAGUUGCGACGCGUGUCUGAGGAUCAGGGCUUCAUCCCUCUGGAGCUCGACAACUACGUAAAGAAGCUGACGAACACGAAGCGCCGUGCGGUUAUCGUCAACAACAUUCUACAGAACGUGCAGGGAAGACUUACUAAACUCCAUAACAACAUUGCGAAGGAAGCUGAGCAGAAGAAAAAUCAAUUAGAAACGUCUAAUGAACCAACAGGUGGAGCCACAAGCGUAACACAGAGUUCUGAAGGAAGCCAGCAAUAGAUGCAGGCUGAACAGUAACAAAUCAGGU